AUGGCUGCCACACAAUUAACCGCCGAUCUGCACCCGUUGCUAACAGAGUAUGUGAUCAAAAAGCUGCAAAAGAAUCGUCUCACCACGGUGUACAGCUUCGUGAAGGUGGAAGUAGAACAGCUGCUCAAGAUCACCAACCUUCCCGCCGAAAGCAUCGUGCUGGUGAAGAAUCAUCUGAUCGACCAGUUUGCCGGUCGGUGCCAAAACGCUCAAUCGUACCCGUUGUGGCCAGCCCCCAGCCCAAUCAGCACGGGAGUUCCAUCGCUCGAUGCGCUACUGCAGGGAGGAGGACUGCUUCCCUGUCACAUUUACGAGCUGUGCGGUGAAUCCGGCACGGGCAAAACGUUACUCUCCCUGACGAUGGCGUCGAACGUUGUCAAGCAACCGGGCAGCAUGGCCUACUUCAUCGACACCAAGUGUGACUUUUCUGGUAGAAAGGUACAGCAAAUCCUGGACAGCGACGAUCGCACUCUGUCCGAGCAGGAGCUGGGCCACGCAAUGGCUCGGAUACGGGUGGAGCGUAUAUUUUCACCCGACCUUCUCGUCCAGACGGUGGAAGAGCUUGCGGCGGGAAGGUAUGUGGAUGAGGGGACGAAUCUAAAGCUGCUCAUCAUCGAUUCCCUGCCCUCGCUUUGGUACCUGUACCAGGAUGCGCAAAGCUCCGUAGAACCGUUGGGCUUGCUGACGAAGCUAAUCUGCUCGCUGCGCAAACUGGCCGCGCAACGAGCCGUCGCAAUAGUGUUGAUCAACCUGACCGUCCGCAUGGUGGAAGGAAUGACGGAGGGUAAGCGAAAACUGUGCCCAAACGGUAACUAUUCUGCCCUGGGACGGUACUGGGAAAGUGCGCCCGGAACGAGGCUACUUCUCGAGCGACACGAGCAUCAUCGCGGAUGGUCCGCAGGCUACCACACGGUGCAGGUGUGGAAAAGCAACUAUCUACGAUCGGGCGAGCGGGUGAUCGUUCGGAUGACUGAGACGGGCGUUCGGUAG